AUGCGAGGAUGCCUGCAGUUAGCCAGGUGGCUGCGCGCAGCACCGAAAUGUCCUGCUGCAAGCCUUCUCAAGCCGCCAUCCGGCCUUGCUAAUCCAGCCCGGUUUUUCACGACUUCCACCGCAUGCUGGGCAUCGCGCUCCAGGGCUCCGGCCAGCCAGCCAUCCUCCGACCUUGAAUCAAGAAUCGCAGCUAUCCCGAUUGAUCGAUACCGUAACUUCUGCAUUGUCGCCCACGUCGAUCAUGGCAAAAGUACCCUCUCCGAUCGGCUGUUGGAACUCACAGGAACGAUCCAGCCCGGUAUGAACAAGCAGGUUUUGGACAAGCUUGACGUCGAGCGUGAACGGGGUAUUACGGUGAAGGCACAGACAUGUACAAUGAUUUACAACCAUAAUGGCGAGGACUAUCUGUUGCAUCUGGUUGAUACACCGGGACAUGUGGACUUCCGUGCGGAGGUUUCGCGCAGUUAUGCCAGUUGCGGAGGAGCGUUGCUCUUAGUUGACGCCAGUCAAGGUAUCCAGGCUCAGACAGUCGCCAACUUCUAUCUCGCAUUCUCUCAGGGCCUGGAGUUGAUCCCCGUCAUCAACAAGGUGGACCUGCCGUCCGCUGAUCCGGAGCGUGCUCUUGACCAGAUGGAACAGUCUUUUGAGCUUGACACGGAAAGUGCAGUGUUGGUAUCAGCCAAGACGGGACUUAAUGUGCAGCAAUUGCUUCCUACUGUAGUCGAGAAGAUUCCGGCACCGGUGGGAGAUGUUAACAAUCCCCUACGGAUGCUUCUCGUCGAUUCCUGGUAUGAUUCGUACCGAGGUGUCAUCUGCUUGGUCCGCGUUUUCGACGGCGAAAUCCGGGCAGGAGACCAGCUUGUGUCGUUCGCGACUGGAAUCAAAUACUUCGUGGGCGAGGUCGGAAUUAUGUAUCCCAACGAGACGGCCCAGUCGGUCCUUCGGGCUGGCCAGGUCGGCUACAUCUUCUUCAACCCUGGUAUGAAGCGAAGCAAGGAAGCUAAAAUCGGUGAUACCUACACCAAGGUUGGGUUUGAGAAAGUCGUCGAGCCGCUUCCGGGCUUCGAAGAACCCAAGGCAAUGGUUUUCGUGGCCGCCUAUCCCGUGGACGCCGAUCACUUCGAGCACUUGGAAGAUAGUAUCAACCAGCUUUGUCUGAACGACCGGAGUAUUACUGUGCAAAAAGAGUCAUCUCAUGCUCUUGGAGCAGGUUUCCGGUUGGGCUUUUUGGGAACACUGCAUUGCUCUGUCUUUGAGGAUCGUCUGCGCCAGGAGCACGGUGCCAGUAUCAUCAUCACUCCUCCUUCCGUUCCCGUGAAACUCAUCUGGAAAGACGGCAAGGAAGAGAUCAUCUCCAAUCCCGCCAAGUUCCCGGAGGAUGAAGAGCUUCGUGGCAAGAUCUCCGAGAUUCAGGAGCCUUAUGUUGUCGCUACUUUGACCCUCCCCGAUGAGUAUCUUGGAAAGGUCAUCGAGCUCUGCGAGUCCAACCGAGGCGUGCAAAAGAGCCUCGAGUAUUUCACAUCCACUCAGGUUAUUCUCAAGUAUGAACUGCCCCUUGCGCAGCUGGUUGAUGACUUCUUCGGAAAGCUGAAGGGCUCUACUAAGGGCUACGCCACCCUUGAUUACGAGGAAUCUGCGUGGCAAACAAGCAACAUCGUCAAGUUACAACUUCUGGUCAACAAGGCUCCGGUGGAUGCGGUCGCACGGCUCGUUCAUUACAGCCAAGUAGAGCGAUUGGGCAGACAAUGGGUGACUAAGUUCAAAGAGCACGUUGACCGGCAACUGUUCGAGAUCGUCAUCCAAGCAGCUGUUGGCCGUAAGGUUGUGGCGCGUGAGACCGUUAAGCCGUACCGGAAGGAUGUCCUCGCGAAGCUGCAUGCCAGUGAUGUCAGUCGGCGCAGGAAGCUCUUGGAAAAGCAGAAGGAGGGACGCAAGAAGCUGCGGGCUGUUGGAAACGUGGUGAUUGAACAAAAGGCAUUCCAGGCAUUCUUGGCUAAAUAA